AGGUAAGUGCCGGCGGGCGGAUGAGCGGGGAGGGCUGGGGGUCCGGCAGCCGCCUCACCCUGGCCUCGGAGCCGCCUGGCGUGCCCCUCCGCGUCGGGGGACGCGGAGCUGAGGACCCGAUUUAGAUGCCCGGAGCCGGCCCAGGUCCCAGUCAGGACCAAAGUCCCUGAGGCCCCAGCUGAGACUCCUGACCCAAGUGCCCGGGAGCCUGCCCCAUCCUAGCCCGGAUCCAUAUUAUGCCUGAAGGGCCCUGGGUUUUUGCAUCGGGAAAAUGGGACCAAUAAGUCCCUACCUCACCAGGGUUUUUAAAAAUGAUUCUUGUAAAACCGUGAGCAGGAGAAAUGACUAAACUGCCAACGUUUAACUCGGCGUCAGGCGCUGUCCUGAAUGCCUUAACCAGCCAUUUUUACACAUAAGGAAAAUGAGGCUUAGAGAGAGAAAACAAUUUGCCCCAAGUCAAGCAGAUAGGGAGCAGCAGGGUGGAGCUCCGAGUCCAAGCUGUAAGCCCACAGGGUCGGUAAUUACUUUUGCACCAAGGACCGGCGAUAUCUACACGCCCACCCGAUAACCCCGUCUGCCAUUUACUGGGGUAACAAAACCAUCUUAAGACACACACACCCUCAAGCUCCUGUAAACGGAGUAUUUGCUCUUUGCAGGCUCUUCCCGUGUGUUAGUUGAUUCACAGCAUCCCCAGAAAGUCAGUCUUGUCAUGAUUCGCCCUUUACCGAUGACAAAAUACAAGCCCAGGGAAACGCAGUCACUGACCAAGGUCACCCAGCUGAUGAGGAGUGGAGCUGGCAUUCAAGCCCAGGAAGCCGUGUCCCCUAACGCCUCAAGGGGCACUUAGCUAUUUUGUUGGCAAAAGUAUUUUUAGGUUGGAACGGACCUUGGAAUAAUCCAAUCUAGGGGGCACACUUUAUAGUUGGAGGAUCCAAGACUAAGACACGCCGCUUUUUGGAUGCCUCCUACGCCUGGCGGGAGUCUUGUCUGAGCUGGCACCACCACACGGCCCACGACAUCUUCGCAGAGAAGCCUGUGGACCCUCUGCCAGGCUCCGCAAGAGGUCAGGACAGGGCAGUGUGUUCACAAGGCCAGUUUCUGAUCGUCCGCCUUGAGGGUGAGGACCAGUAGGCAGCUUCCAAGAUGGGUGAAAGGAAAGGGGUCAACAAGUACUAUCCUCCAGACUUCAACCCUGAGAAGCAUGGCUCUCUCAACCGAUACCACAACAGCCACCCGCUUCGGGAGCGGGCUCGGAAGCUGUCACAGGGCAUCCUCAUCAUCCGAUUCGAAAUGCCGUAUAACAUCUGGUGCGAUGGCUGCAAGAACCACAUCGGCAUGGGUGUUCGUUACAACGCAGAAAAGAAGAAGGUGGGCAAUUACUACACAACCCCGAUCUACAGGUUCCGGAUGAAAUGCCACCUCUGUGUCAACUACAUCGAGAUGCAGACGGACCCCGCCAACUGCGACUACGUGAUCGUGAGUGGCGCCCAGCGCAAGGAGGAGCGCUGGGACAUGGCGGACAAUGAGCAGGUGCUGACCACAGAGCAUGAGAAGAAGCAGAAGCUGGAGACGGACGCCAUGUUCCGGCUGGAGCACGGCGAGGCCGACCGCAGCACACUCAAGAAGGCACUGCCCACCCUGAGCCACAUCCAGGAGGCCCAGAGCGCCUGGAAGGACGACUUCGCCCUCAACAGCAUGCUGCGGAGAAGGUUCCGGGAAAAGAAAAAAGCCAUCCAGGAGGAGGAGGAGAGAGACCAGGCCUUGCAGGCCAAGGCGAGCCUGACUAUCCCACUGGUGCCCGAGACGGAAGAUGACCGCAAGCUGGCGGCUCUGCUGAAGUUCCACACCCUGGACUCCUACGAGGACAAGCAGAAACUCAAGCGGACCGAGAUCAUCAGCCGCUCCUGGUUCCCCUCCGUCCCCGGAUCCGCCUCCAGCAGCAAGGCCAGCGGCGUCCUGAAGAAGCUGGCACAGAGCCGCAGAACCGCACUUGCCACCUCCCCCAUCACCGUGGGGGACCUGGGCAUCGUGCGGCGGAGGUCUCGGGACAUCCCGGAGAGCCCCCAGCAUGCGGCCGACACCCCCAAAUCUAGGGAACCGCGGGUACCAGAGGAGGCUACCCAGGACCGGCCCAUGUCCCCCGGAGACUGUCCUCCGGAAACAGCUGAGACCCCCAAGUGCAGCAGGCCGAGGGGGCAGGAAGGGAGCCGUCAGGACAAGCCCCUGUCACCAGCAGGCUCCUCCCAAGAGGCAGCUGACACCCCCGACACGCGGCACCCCUGCAGUCUCGGCUCCUCCCUUGUAGCGGACUACUCCGACUCGGAGAGUGAGUGAGCGAUCCCCAUCCUGGAGACUGGACCCACUCCAGAGGCCCGGACACACCCAGGAGGCCCCUUACAGACUGCAGACCCCCGCUCGCCCACCGGCCCUGGGAGAGCUCAGAUGCCGCGUCCUCCCCAGACCUCGCCUUCCUGCAACCGUGGAGUUAUUUAUUUGGUCCUGGUGAGGGUGUUUGUGCCUUGUGAGACUCUGUACAUUAAAGACCUGUCUCUUC